UGUGCGGCUGCGCCGGGCCGGUUUAUCGGCGGGUUAUCGCUCCGCUCGGUGACUGUUGCGCGGCUAACGGCGGCGUUAGCACGUAGUGCUAGCUGCAGCUUUUCGCCGAUAAACGGUAACGACAGGUUCACGUUUCCCAUUCACCUGCGGACCGUCUGCGCACAGGUGAUCGCCAGGUGAGCGGGCUCGGCGGUGAGGAGGAAGGAAGCUGCCGGUUAGCGCUCAGCCUGUUAGCGGCUAACUGCGCGCCAAGAAUCCGCAAAGAGCGAAGAAACAAACAAAAGCCCGCAAAGCUCCCCGAGAGUCAAACCUGAGUGUUUCACACGAGCGCCUGCGCACACGGGGACAGGUGUUCAUCCCCCCCCAAACACCUGCCGCGUUUCAUUUCAGCGAACAUUCACAGUAAAGUUAAACUGAGCUACAGGCGUUGAUGGCUGGUACCCGGACUGCCAGACUCCGUUCAGAAUUCAGCAGAUUUUACAAACAGACGUACCUGCCAGGAUUCGUGGCGAGUCGGCAGCAGGUCAGACAUGAGUGACGCAGCAGAGGAGGCGAUGGACAGCUCUGCGGUGUCUGAGGAGGAGGUGGAGGACCAGCAGGAACCGUCGCAGGAGGACCGGAUGAGUCCGAAUAAAAGAGACUCCAAAAUCUCAGCUGUGGGAGAAAUCAUCGAAGGGAAACGGGCAAAGAAGACUGUGGAGAGGCUCGACUUCCAGGCGCCGAAGCAAAGAGAGAAGCUCAAGAUUGGAGACGGCAGCGGAGAUAAAUUGGGAGACAUUCCUCGCACCAGCUACCAAAUCACCAAGAUGAAGCCGGCAGACCUGAAACCUCUGCACGCCAUCCUGUUCGACAGACCCGGGAAGAUGGCGACGAUAAAGAAGAACCUGCGGCUGUUCAACGGCUUUGCCUUUGAUGCUGACAGCGAGCAGUUUGCCAAAAAACGGGAAAAGCUUCUCAAGAACUCAAACUUCACAAACAGCAAGCUGAAGGUGGUCUGCAGCGUGCUGGAUCUGGAGAAGAAAGGAACCCACUCGGACCUGGUGGAUCGGAUCCUGACCUUCCUCACCGCACCGAAGAACAGUGGCAAGCGGCUACCACUGAAGAAGAAGAGGAAAUCGAAGAAGAAGCUGUCGGGCGACGACUCGAUGGCGAAGAAGAAGAAGAGCAAAACCAAAACCGCCAGCUCGUCGUCCAGCCCCAAGAAGUCCAAAAUAGGAAGCAAGUCCAAAGCCAUCGUCAUGGACUCGAGCAGCGACGAGGACGACGACGAGGAAGACGAGAAGGUGGGAGCUUCGGCAGAGGCGGAAGGAUCGGACGCCGAGGACAAACCAUCAGAGAAGGAGGAGGAGGAGCAGUCCGACAAGUCAGAGGAAUCGGAGGAGGAGGAGGAGGAGUCCAAGUCCAGCAGAGGGAGUAAACGACCACGGACACCAGCGAAGAAGACCGGUCCUCCCAAAAAGCGAUCAAAGAAGGAAGUUUCUGAUGAGUCGGAGUCAGACGCCGACAGCGACCCCGAUGAGAAGCCCAGGAAGAAGAAAGCCGCUGCAGCCAAACCUGCAGCCAAGACCAAGAAGGCGGACAGCAGCAGCCACCGCAGGAACAACACCAACACAGCGGAGGACAGCUCGGACGACGACGAGCCGCUCAUCAAGAUGGUGAAGAAGGGGCCAAGUGACGAGCAGCUGAAGGAGACUGUGCAGAGUCUGCUGAAGGAGGCCAACCUGGAGGAGAUGACCAUGAAGCAGAUCUGCCAGAGGGUGUUUGACACGUACCCAGAGCACGACCUGAGCACCAAGAAGGACUUUAUCAAACAGACCGUCAAAUCUGUGCAGGCGGGGCUGCAGCCUGACUGCUCACCUGUGUGUUACCUGCUGAAGCUCCAGCCCCGCUCAUCAGCCAACAGGAGAUCAGCUGAUGUAUUCUCAGGUUACCGUCCUCCUCGAUGUCAGGUUAAUAUUUACAGCUCAUCACAUGAAGAUGUGAAGGGAACGACCUCGGCGAGCAGCUCCUCCCACCCCACGUCUGCUUUCUUUUAUAUACAACGUUUUUUUUUUUUAUUCCUGCGUGGAGCUCUCACGUGAACUCAUCACCGUUGUAUCACCCGCCAUCGAGUCCAGAGCAGAAGCUGUUUGUUUGAUGCUUGAGGAGCAGGAAGUAAAGAGAGCGUGACUCUGGGAGAGCCGAGCUCUGGUCUCUGGUUGUUGUAGUUGAAGCUUUUCUCGAGUUUUCUUCUGUCAUUUUGUUCUUGUUUGAAUCUUCUGACAUGUGCUCAAAAACUUUCUGAUUAAAAUUCUACCUUUUUUCAACAA